GAAUUAGAAAGUCAGAUAUAUAUAAAUUCAAAAUGACAAUGUCCAAUCACAACUUUUUCUUUCUCUCAAAGGCUCUUUCUUUCUAUUUUUAACUUCUAAUAAGUUCUAAUAAUUCAUAAGUUCUUAUUCUUAUGCUAUAGCUGCUACCUCUUCCUUCAGAAUAUAUAUCCACGUAGGUUCUGACACUUGAAUUUUAAUAAACAUUUGAAAGGUGUUAAUUUGAAGGAAAGUGCACAUGGGAAGACAUUCUUGUUGCUAUAAGCAGAAGCUUCGUAAAGGUCUUUGGUCUCCUGAAGAAGAUGAAAAGCUUUUGAAUUAUAUCACCAAACAUGGUCAUGGAUGUUGGAGUUCAGUUCCAAAACUAGCUGGUUUGCAAAGGUGUGGUAAGAGUUGUAGAUUGAGAUGGAUAAAUUAUCUCAGGCCUGAUUUGAAGAGAGGAGCAUUCUCACAACAAGAAGAAAAUUCCAUAAUUGAACUUCAUGCACUCCUUGGCAACAGGUGGUCACAAAUUGCGGCACAGUUACCGGGAAGAACAGACAAUGAGAUAAAAAAUUUAUGGAAUUCAAGUUUGAAGAAGAAGCUUAGACAAAAAGGGAUUGAUCCAAACACACACCAACCACUGUGUGAAUUAGCUGAGAUCAAUGACAAGGACAAGCAAUUACCUGCAGAUGACAAAAGCAAUAUUCUUAAGAAAACCUCUGUGGGAUCCAAUGAAGUUAAGAGUCUUUUUGAUGAUACACCAAAUCCAAAUUCUAUUCCUAUAGAAAACUGCAAUUAUCAUCCACUUGAAAAUUUUACUUCAACUUCAAAAAUCAACAAUUGCUUCAUACCUUCUUCUGAUAUGGUUGGAUUAGGAGGUUCAUAUCUCUCUUUUCAACAACUUAACUAUGGAAUCAAUAACAUAGCUUUAUCUCCAAAUUCCAACAACAACAAUAACAAUUCACUUUGUUUCAUACCAAGUACUAGUGGUUCCAAUUCAACUUGCUCUCAAAUGAUGUCUGAACUCAAUUCUUCAACCAUGUACCAUUCUAUGUUCCAAACAGCUCCAAUCACAAAACAUAUAAAUCCUUCAAAUUCUAUAUCCUCUGGUGAUGUUGAUGGGAUUCAAAACUGGGAAUUCGGUAACAACAACGCGAGCAAAAGCAGCAAUGGAAGCAGCUGUAGCAACAUUAACUUCAUUGAUCAUGAAGACAUUAAAUGGUCUGAAUAUCUAAACAGUACUACACCAUUUUUUCAACAGCAACAUCAAAGUUCAAUCAUCUACAAUGAUAAUGAGGUUAAACAAGAAAUGGGAUUCAUUAAUAAUAGAGAUGAAUCAAGUAGUACUACUAUAUGGAAUAAUAGUAAUAGUCACCAUCAGCAACAUUUUGAAGGUGCUAAUUCAGAUAUAUAUAGCAACAAAGAUCUUCAGAGAUUCUCAUUGGCAUUUGGACAAACACUUUAGCUUCACUGCAACUUGACAGUGAUGCCGACAUUUCCAACGUGAAUUUGAUCAUAAACUUGUCCUUAAAGGUGUGUGCUGUAAAUUUAUUUUUUUCUGUUUAAUGUUUUCUACUUCAUAUUGUAAAUGUGUCUGAUACAAAAAAAAAAUCUCAGAAAUUAUCAGCAUUAUAUGUUACAUAA